UCUUUCCUUCGUACUUUUCCAACUGUCUUGUGCGUUUCGCGGACGCAAGAAGCAGGAGUGCGGCGCCUUGCAUUUGUGAUUUCCGGUCUUUUCUCGACCAAGUCGCUGCUCCGAGUCACAGAGAAAGAGAGAGAAACGGAGACCCAGCAGCGCGAGAGCGUCGAGAGCGCCGAUUGGCUUGUCGCUGCACAGUCGAGAAAUUCUGGUCACUUCAUAAAAACCUAUUUCAAAGAAGAACGGGGAAAUAGAAGAAGAAGAAGAAGGAGAAGAAGAAGAAGAAGAAGAAGAAGGACUGAGGAGACAGAGGCAAGUGUCGAGGGCGAAAGAGGCUCGUUGAUGGAGACAGAGGUCAUAAGAAAGGCGGAGUCAGAGUGGCACAACGAGAGGAGCUGCGACUAUCUUCUUCGGCUUCCCUUAGAUUUGAACGGAACGUGGAACAGAUCCUCCUAGACAAAUCCUUUUGAAGUCCCAAGACCCUUUCCUCUCAACAGAGGAGACGCGCUGCUCAGUGGCGGCAAAAGCACUCGAAGCUCAAGGAGAAAAACUUUUCUAAAAUGGCGUUGUGGGGUCCUGUGAUCUCUCUUUCCUCCUCGUCCGCCGCUGUCUCCUUCAAUGCGGAGCAAGGACGUCUGUGCUUCACUGGGGCUUUGCUAGUUCCUCUUCAUGUGAAGGACGGAAAAGACGCGGUCGAGCCUCCGCCACGCGUUCUCUUGAGUGUACGUACACUCCGUCGGCAGGUCGCCUCGCCUCUUAUGGUUCUCGACGGGCGUCGCAUGCAGGCGAGGUGCAAAUUGUUGUUCGAGGAAGAUGCAGAGUUCUCGGCAAAGCUGUUGUCUCCUGGACACACAGACAAGUGGGGUGUCCAGCUCCUAGGAGACUCGGCUCCUCAUCCAUGCGACUGCUGUGACCUCAGUGAAGACGAGUCUGAAGAAGAAGAAGAAGAAGAAGAAGAAGAAGUGACAAGGCUCGAAGGGAAGAAGAGAAAGAGGAGUGCUGUGGAGGAGGUUGAAGCCGGCGAGGUACCUACGCUGAUUCCGGCGACUUCUGUGCACCAGACGGCAGCGAAACAGAGACAAGAGCAGAGAGCGAAGGAAGAGGCAACUCCGGCAGGGAAAGCGAGGAAGACAGACCAAGGAAACCCACGGUUUCUCGUCCCAACGCUGUCAGAUCCCAUUGCCUCUCUGCCUUCUCUCGCCGACCAACUUUCGUCUUCGCCGCGAGAAGAAGAGACACCUGUCUCGAAGCAGAAGAAGCUCGCGGGCAAGACGCCGGAGUCUGGAAGCGCGAACAAGAACGCGCGAGAGCAGCGGGUCGCAGCCAGCAGUUCCUCUGGAGUUCCCUCACAAGAGAGACACAAAGAGCAGCCGAACAAGAGUUCGAAGGACGCGAACGCAUCGGGUGUGAAAGACCGGAAGACCCAGAAACGAGACGAAAAACAGGGUGCAGCGCAAAGGAGCCCUGCGGUAGAGGGGUCCGCCCAACUGAGCGUAGGAAGCCGUGUGUCUCUGCCUUCUGGAGUCUCCUAUGAGGUUGUGUGUCUUCCCUCGGGCGGUUCAAAGGGGAAGAAAGAGACGGCGAGUCCUGGGGACCGUGUGUCGAUCCAGUACAAAGGACUGCUGGCAAAGAAUCUCCGACGCUUCGAUAGUGGGAGAAUCAAGUUCGUUCUCGGAAGAGGCGAAGUCAUCAAAGGCAUGGAGCUCGGCGUCAAGGGCAUGCAGUUGGGAGAGGCGCGCAGACUCCUCAUCCCCAGCGCUCUAGGGUAUGGCAGACGCGGAGCGCCUCCCGCAAUCCCGCCCAACAGUGACCUCAUCUUCGAGUGUCGACUGAUGAGUCUCGGGUGAAGCGAAUGCAAAAUAAGCGUCGUCGAUCCCUCCAGUUCUGCAGCAAACGUGAAUCCCGGUGGCGUACUGAAGUAAAGCCAUACUUUGGCUGGCCUUCGACACGGUCCAGCAGGGUGACGAGGACGACUUCCAUAGCAACUACACAGAGUGUGGGUGUUUGAAGCAAAGGGUGCGGGGGCGACAGAGAACAGGUGGAUAAAUCGGAAAAAAACGAGAGAAAGAGAGGACCCAGGUGCAACGCAUGAAGCGGAGGACACACUGAAAGCAGCGCGGAAGGAUUCAACAGGCUCUAUAGUAUCUUGUCACUCCAGACGCACAUUUUGUGAACGCGCAGUUCACAGAUUUUUCAGCUAGAUAAUUUCCAGUGACGUGCUCGCGCAUGUUGUAAACGAAGUCCGUAAUCGCCACUUGUUCUGCGGGUGUGGGCGAUCCCAUCGUUUUGCCUUUGCUUUAGACUGCUAAUUUUUGUCGCUCUCUGUCCAGGAGAGUGUGCUCGAGUCUUGAUUAGUCAUGGGUUUCUCUUCAGUUUCUUCUGCGCCUCGACUCUCCAACGAGACGAGAUGGAUUUUCCUCUCGGUGGGGGCAUUGCUUCCUGCCUCGUCACUCAAACUGGAACGACUGC